GGCUGUUCCUUGGACUCAUGGCAGAACUCUUCCUGAACUGUUUCUUUUCUCCCAAUCCUACACAGGCCAAUAUUUAACCUUAAGAAGUCAGGAACUUAAACCUCCCAAGAGGGCUAGGCUGUAGUUCAUGCUUGCCUCACCAUCUGCAUGGCCGGAUCUCAGGGAAGAUAAAGUAGGAUGGUUUAGAUAGAAGCUGGUCUAAAGGAGAGAGCAGGAGUAAUGACUGCCUGAUUGAGGGAAGGUGGUGAGGUUAUCGGUGGGCUCAGUGGUCACUUGUCCUUACUAGGGGCAAACACUUGACUGAGAGAGAGUGCCUCUCCGUUCUUUUGUCCUGUAAUAUUGUAAUAUUGAGGGGGUCAUUUCCACAUCCUUUGUGGUCAUCUCGUUGCCGUGAACCUCUUUUCUGAAGAUUUGUUUUCUGUUAUAAUUAUGCUAAAGACAACAAUUCCCGUACACUUUUAAUAAUAGAAAAGGGGGUCCUGAUAGUUACAACUCCCCAGGGGUGAUAGAAAAUACUCGCCAAGAGUUAUAUUGUGAAAGAACCGUGAGCUCAGCUCCAAACAUUUGACCAACACAUGCGAUAACUUACUAUGCAGAAUUACCUCAAGAACAUGCUGAUGAGAAGAUAAAUCAGCAUCUGGGAAGGAAGCUGGCGGAGUUGAAGAUUCAGAUGGAGUCCAUCAAGAUUGAAAAAUUGACAACAGCAUGUUUUACCCACUGAAAGUCAUCCUGAUGCCAGUGUUACUGGGUUAUUCCUUGGGCCUGAAUGACUUGACUAUUUCCGCCGUGGAGCUAACAGUCCACGUGGGUGAUUCAGCCCUUCUGGGAUGUGUUUCCCAGAGCACAGGAGAGAAACAUGUGACCAAGGUAGACUGGAUGUUCUCAUCAGGAAAGCACAUCGAGGAUGAGUACGUGCUCUUCUAUUAUUCUAACAUCAGCGUGCCUGUGGGGCACUUCCAGAAUCGUGUGCGCUUGGUGGGGGACAUCUUACACCAUGACGGUUCCCUCCUGCUCCAAAAUGUGGAAGAGACCGACCAAGGAAACUUUACCUGUGAAAUCCGCUUCCAAAUGGAGAGCCUCGUGUUCAAAAAAGUGGUCGUCCUGCAUGUACUGCCAGAGGAACCCAAAGAGCUAAUGGUUCACGUGGGUGAUUCGACUCAGAUGGGAUGUGUUUUCCACAGCACAGAAGAGAAGCACAUGAGCAGGGCAGACUGGAUGUUCUCAUCAGGAGAGCCUGCCAAGGAGGAGAUUGUGUUGCGCUAUCAGCCCAAACUCAGAACACCCAUGGGGUACUCCCAGAACUGGGGCCGCUUCCUGAACCGUGUAAACUUGGUGGGAGACACUUCCCGCAAUGAUGCCUCUAUAAUGCUCCACGGAGUGAAGGAGUCUGAUGGGGGAAACUACACCUGCCGUAUCUACCUGGGGAACCUGACAUUCAGGAAAACCACUGUGCUGCAAGUGAUCCUGAAAGAGCCCCGAACGUUGGUGACCCCGGUAGCCCUCAGACCAGAGAUCCUGGGUGGUAACCAGCUGGUGAUCAUCGUGGGGAUUGUCUGCGCCACCAUCCUGCUGCUUCCGGUUCUGAUACUGAUUGUGAAGAUGGCCUACAGAAAUAAGAGUUCAGUCACUUCCACCACCCUGGUCAAAAGCCUGGAGAACACAGAGAAGGCUUGUGCAGAGAAACAUAUUUAUUCCUCGAUAGCCACACAAGAGGUGAACGAUGAGGAAGAAUCAAGUGGAAAAUCAGAGGCCACCUACAUGACCAUGAACCCAGUUUGGCCUUCUCUGAGGUCAGCACCAACUAGCCCACCAGACCAAAGGUCAACUUGGGGAAUGGCAAAAACAGAGCAAGCCUUCUGAGAAGAAGGGGUGGUCCUUUUAGCCUUGGCUGCGGCAGAGACUCUCUUUGUUGUGUGUCCUGAGUACAUCCAUGUAGCGGUUGUUUCAGACCCUCUGCCCUCUCAGUCCUCUUCCUGCCUCCCUGCUUGGGCAGAGGGCUGACAAUGGAGGGCUCGAAGGCCAGCAAAGAGACUGGACAGCCCUGGAGGAAGACAGGCUGAUAAGGGGGAGCAUGGACUUGGUCCCCCUGGAGUGAGACUCUGGCCCUGGGGACCCUGGUCAGCUGCCGCGGUGGCCUCGAGCAUCCCUUCAGGUCAGACCCUCUGCUUGGACGGUGCUCUCUGUGGAAGGUUCCAGAGAAGAAUCAGAGAUAAAAACCACCCCAAAUGAUUAUUCCUUUGGCCAAUGAUCCCUAAAUAAAUGCAGUCUGUGGCAAUCA